ACCCUCUUGACCUGUCGAGGAUUUUACCUAAAACUGCUUUCAGCCUCCCUCAGUCUGAGGCUAUGAGAGGGAGAGAGGAGUCCCAGGCCGCACCAUCAUGCUACUUCUGAGACGCCGGGAUGAGACUUUGGCUGGCAAAACAAAAGGUAUUACUCUCCCACUCCUCCACCAUGCCUGUUUACGGCUGCCGCAUCCCUCAAUCCAGGACCUCCCCCCCGUCCACGACCCCUUCAGUCGCCCAGGACCGAGAGAGGCAAAUCGGACCCUUACAUCCACCCCCGCCUCCAUCGCUCCACCGCCACCCCUCCCACUGCCUCUCGCUUCUCCUCCUGCUGCUCUGCCUCCUCCACCUGCCGCCGGCCUGCCACUCGCGGAGAGAGAAGGGCGGGGGAGGCGGGGGAGGAGGCGGCGGAGGUGGUGGUGGCGGCGGGGGCGGCGGUCAUUACGUGCCCAUCCCCCAGCCCCCUCCCCACCACAUGGCGCUGCCCAACAUCCUGCGCAGCUUCAGGAUUGCCGUGGUGCUGGUGGGGAACUCUAGCGAGGUGGCGCUGGCCGGAGGCCGGGAGAAGGAGGACUUCCUGCACAUGGCGCCCAACGUGGAGGUGCUGACCAUGAACGAGACGGACCCCAAGAGCAUCAUCAAGAGCAUCUGCGACCUCAUGACGGAGCACUGGCUGCAGGGCGUGGUGUUCGGCGACGACACCGACCAGGAGGCCAUCGCACAAAUCCUCGACUUCAUUUCAGCGCAGACCCACAUCCCCAUCCUGGGAGUCCGCGGGGGGUCGUCCAUGAUCAUGGCUGCCAAGGAUGACGACUCCAUGUUCUUUCAAUUCGGCCCCUCCAUCGAGCAACAGGCUUCGGUCAUGCUGAACAUCAUGGAGGAAUACGACUGGUACAUCUUCUCCAUCGUCACCACGUACUACCCGGGGUACCAGGACUUUGUCACCAAGAUCCGAAGCACCAUCGAGAACAGCUUUGUGGGCUGGGAGCUGGAGGAGGUUAUACUGCUCGACAUGUCCGUAGACGACGGCGAUUCGAAGAUCCAGAACCAGCUGAAGAAGCUCCAGAGCCCCGUCAUCCUUCUCUACUGCACAAAGGAGGAGGCCAACACCAUCUUCGAGGUGUCCCACUCUGUCGGGAUCACCGGCUACGGCUACACAUGGAUAGUGCCCUCGCUGGUAGCUGGAGACACUAUUGUAGUGCCUGCAGAGUUCCCUACAGGUCUGCUUUCUGUGUCCUACGACGAGUGGGACUACAACCUGGAGGCCCGGGUCCGCGACGGCGUGGCCAUCAUCACGAUGGCGACCUCCACCAUGAUGAUGGACCGCGGGCCGCACACCCUGCUGAAGUCCGAGUGCCACGGCGCUCCGGACAAGAAGACCCCCAUCUCAGGCAACCCCAACGAAGUGCUCAGGUACCUGAUGAAUGUGACGUUCGAGGGGCGUAAUCUGUCGUUCAGCGAGGACGGAUACCAGAUGCACCCCAAGCUGGUCAUAAUUCUGCUCAACAAGGAGAGGCAGUGGGAGAGGGUGGGUAAAUGGGAGAACGGUUCCCUGUCCAUGAAGUACCACGUGUGGCCUCGCUAUGAACUGUACGGAGGGGCGGCGACCAGGGAGGACGACCACCUGUCCAUCGUGACUCUGGAGGAAGCUCCGUUCGUCAUCGUGGAAGACGUGGAUCCGCUCAGCGGGACCUGCAUGAGGAACACCGUACCCUGCCGGAAGCAGAUCAAAACACUCAAUCAAACGAAGGACUCUGGGAUCUACAUAAAGCGCUGCUGUAAGGGAUUCUGCAUCGACAUCCUGAAGAAGAUCGCCAAGCAGGUGAAGUUCACCUACGACCUUUACCUGGUGACCAACGGCAAACACGGCAAGAAGAUCAACGGCACGUGGAACGGCAUGGUGGGAGAGGUGGUGUUGAAGAACGCUCACAUGGCCGUCGGCUCCUUGACCAUCAACGAGGAGAGGUCGGAGGUCAUCGACUUCUCCGUCCCCUUCAUCGAGACGGGCAUCAGCGUCAUGGUGUCCAGGAGCAACGGCACCGUGUCGCCCUCCGCCUUCUUAGAGCCCUUCAGUGCGGAUGUGUGGGUGAUGAUGUUCGUGAUGCUGUUGCUGGUGUCAGCAAUGGCUGUGUUUAUAUUCGAGUACUUCAGCCCCGUGGGCUACAACCGCUGUCUGGCUGACGGCAAAGAGCCUCACGGUCCGUCCUUCACCAUCGGUAAGGCCAUCUGGCUGCUGUGGGGUCUCGUCUUCAACAACUCCGUGCCCGUGCAGAACCCCAAAGGCACCACCAGUAAGAUCAUGGUGUCGGUGUGGGCCUUCUUCGCUGUCAUCUUCCUCGCCUCCUACACUGCCAACCUGGCCGCCUUCAUGAUCCAGGAGGAGUACGUGGACCAGGUGACCGGCCUGUCCGACAAAAAGUUCCAGAGUCCCAACGACUUCUCGCCUCCGUUCCGGUUCGGUACCGUCCCAAACGGAAGCACGGAGAGGAACAUCAGGAACAACUAUCCGGAGAUGCACGGAUACAUGACCAAGUUUCAUCAGAGAAACGUCAACGAGGCUCUGGCGAGUCUCAAGGCCGGCAAACUAGACGCUUUCAUUUACGACGCGGCCGUGCUGAACUACAUGGCCGGCAGGGAUGAAGGUUGUAAGCUGGUGACCAUCGGCAGCGGAUACAUCUUCGCCACCACCGGAUACGGCAUCGCCAUCCAGAAGGAGUCGCUGUGGAAGAGGCACGUCGACUUGGCCAUCCUGCAGCUCUUUGGCGACGGUGAAAUGGAGGAGCUGGAGUCCCUGUGGCUGACGGGAAUCUGCCACCACGAGAAGAACGAGGUGAUGUCCAGUCAGCUGGACAUCGACAACAUGGCGGGUGUGUUCUACAUGCUCGGCGCCGCCAUGGCUCUGUCGCUCAUCACCUUCAUCUGCGAGCACUGGUUCUACUGGCAGCUGCGCUUCUGCUUCAUGGGCGUCUGCUCAGGACAGCCCGGCUUCGUCUUCUCCAUCAGCAGGGGCAUCUACAGCUGCAUCCACGGGGUGCAGAUCGAGGAGAAGAGCAGCUCGGCGUUGAACUCCCCAUCAGCCACCAUGAACAACACCCACUCCAACAUCAUGCGCCUCCUACGCACCGCCAAGAACAUGGCGUCCCUGUCGGGCGUGAACGGCUCGCCCCACAGCGCGCUGGACUUCAUCCGCCGGGAAUCCUCCGUCUACGACAUAUCAGAACACCGGCGCAGCUUGGCGGGCCACUCGGACUGCAAGCCGCCGUACCUGCCUGAAGACAACAUGUUCAGCGACUACAUCAGCGAGGUGGAGAGGACGUUUGGUAACCUCCACCUGAAGGACAGCAAUCUGUACCAGGAUCACUACCUGCACCACCACGGCUCGACGCUUGGGCUCAACGGACCGCCGCCGAACAGGCCUCACAGUUUGGGUAGUGCGAGUUCUCUGGAGGGGGGGAUGUUUGAUUGCGAUAGCAUUGGAGGAGGGGUGGCGCCUAUUUUCACCACCCAGCCCUGCUCGGCAUUGACCCACAGGAACAUGAGCAAGUUUGAUUUGCUGUCCGGACAAACUCCUCCCCCAGUGCAGAGCUUCAAGGGAGGCUUACCGGACCUUUACGGGAAGUUCUCCUUCAAGGGAGGAGCCUCAAGCUCCACUUUUAUCCCCGGGCACGGCUACUGCGGAGGUAGAUUAGAUGACGAUGGGAAUAUGGAUCGACGAUCGGACGUCUCGGAUAUAUCCACGCACACGGUGACUUACGGAAACCUGGAGGGUAACGCCAAGAAACGCAAACAGUACCGCGAUAGCCUGAAAAAGAGGCCGGCCUCUGCCAAGUCCAGACGGGAGCUGGACGAGAUCGAGCUGGGCUACCGGAGGAAACCGUACCACAUCAGCCACCACCACUACCACGGCCACCGCUCCGCCUCCCCACCGCUGUUGCCCCCAGAACGGAAGAGAGGCUUGAGUGGGAACAGCGACAGUAACUACAUGUUCAGGGAGAAGGAGAGCGUUAGAGAUUUUUAUUUGGACCAGUUUCGGCCCAAAGAGGGCGUUCCUCAGUGGGAACAUGUGGACCUGACGGAAGGCCCUGGGAGUAGAGAUGGAGGCAACUGCACCACCCUGGUUCCAGUGGAUGACUUUCUUAAGAGCAAACCCAAAAAGUCUGAUAUAAAGAGUGCUGUAGGAGGAUCUGGGCUGGCAGGGGGAGAGUGGGAGUGCAGGAACUGUCGGGCGAGCGGGGGAGGCAAGCAGAUGUCGAUGCACGGAGGAGUGUACGGUGGCGGCAUGAGCUGUGGGACGUCGGGAGGCGGAGGAAACAGCCGCCCGAGCUCUGCGACCUGCAUGCGCUGCGAGGGUUGUAAAAAGACAGGAAACCUCUACGAUAUCAGCGAGGACAACAACCACCUCUUGGAACAGAUGGGGGGAGGGAAUGGAGUCGGUGGGGGAGGUGUAGGUAUGGGCCCAGGCCCUCAAUCUCAGGGCCAGCAGCGGAGGAAGAGCGGAGGGUUCGGCAAACCACUGAGGCGGCAGCACUCGUACGACGCUUUUGUUGACCUUCAGAAAGAGGAGUCGGGCGGGAUGGGCAGUUUGAUGGGCCUGGGAGGUAUUGGGGGAGGAAUAGGUGGCCAAGGUAUAGGAGGGAUGCUGCCCCCACCCAGGAGCGUUAGCUUGAAGGAGAAAGAGCGCUACAUGGAGGGCACCAGCCCCUUCGCACACAUAUUCGAGCGCCACGGGGGCUCGGAGCGGGAGCGGGAACGAGACAGGGAUCCGUUGUUUUACGAGGGCCGCAAACGACCCGGAUCACCGUUCGGUUUGUUCAGAAGCGACGGCCUUCACCGCCGCUCCAUCGGAGAGAGAGACAUGCGAGACAGGGACAGGUCUCUGAUGGAGGGAGGAGGUGGGGGAGGGUUCUCUUUAUCCAAAUCUCUUUACCCGGACAGGGUCAACCAAAACCCCUUUAUACCCACCUUUGGCGACGACCAGUGUCUGAUGCACGGAGCCAAACAAUAUUACAUGAAAAAGCAACAGCAACAGCAACAGCAGCAACAAGUUGCCAAACCAAGCCGAAGUGACUUCAGGAGCCAGAUGAGCACGACGUCAUAUCUGCCGGCGUCCGCCACGGCCGGGGUGAUGUCCAACGUGACGCCCCGGUUCCCGAAAGAGCUCAGCCUCGGUGGGAUGAACCACCACGGCUCCAUGCUGGGGGUCGGACCCCCGCGUCCCUUCAAUGGAAGCAAUGGCCAUGUGUACGAGAAACUGUCCAGCAUUGAGUCUGACGUGUGAGAUCGGCAAUUGGCGAAGUAAGGAGUGGACGAUGGGCGAGGGGAGGAGGAAGGGAGGGACAUCGAGGCGUGUUGUGUUAGGAGAUCAGGGAUGAUUUUACAGACACUGUCCAACACACUGCAACUCUAGCCCCAUAUUGGGACAGCAAGGUGAAAGGGGAGAGAGCAGUGAAAUUGAAAAGGGUCAAAUCUGGGUAAAGUAAUCCGGACACCCUGUGGAGGUUUGGGAUGUUAACCCUCUCUCUCAGUAACAGCCAAAGCUACUUUCAUGUCCAAACACAGUCAAUCAACAUUCCCCUUAACAUCGCACUCAACUCCAAAGCCGGGCAUUUCACGAGGCAGACGUCGAUGUACUUAGAGAGGCGACACUUCAUCUGAGUUUGAUAUUGGACUGUCUGGUGCGAUGGCUGUCUGAGAGAUCUCCCGCUGAGUGCUCUUGAGGAAGAACUGCGAGAACGAGCUGCCCAUCUGCCCGUUUCACUGCAGAAAAAAGGAGACAUUUUUCAUGUGAUACCCCCGAGCUGCGAUCCAGCGUCCUUUAUCCCUUCACCCCCAAUCCUCCU